AUGUCUAACUACGACGAAGGGUCGUCAAACGAGCGAUACGACGUGACCCCGAUUUUGCAGUCGCGCUACUUUAUUCUCCCCGCUUCCGCAGCUUUCGUGGGGGUAUUCAUCGGGGCAGUGCGUGGAUCUCGCCUUGCAUCACUCCGUUUUCUCGCCGAAAAUGCACACCGGCCACCAAAGACAAUUCGUGGAUGGUAUCUAUACAGUAAAACAAAAAAUUACAAAAGAAUGGCUGCCGGACUGAAAUCUGGUGGUAAGGACGCGGCUAAACUCGGAGUAACCGGACUUGUCUGGGUCGGAAUCGAAGACGGAUUGGGGCGGUGUGGGACGCCCUGGGAUGAUUUGAAAGAGCUUGGAGCUGGAGUGGGGACUGCAGGGGUGUUCUCGGGUGUGUACCGAUUACCGUGGCGUACUGGGAGUCGUGCAUUAUUGCUUGGAUCUAUGAUUGGUGGUGGAAUGGGGUUUCUGCGCUGGGCCAGGGAAUACUUGCGAAGAGCUGUUGAGGAGGGUCGAGACGACGGCGACGGUCUGGACCCUUGA